GGCUCGCCCAGCUGUUGCACAAAACAGACAAUGAUGGAUGAGCCGUGUGCGUCCGUGUCCGUGUUGUUUGUCAUCAGUGCCAAGAAGCAGCGGCACAUUGACCUGCAGCGCGUCAUCAAGACUGCACGCAAGUAUGGCAUGAUAUGCGAUGUCGCUGAAGUAGAUGCUUUGGAGGCGGUUCGAGAGAAUACCUACGAUGUGAUUGUACACAAGGUGACUGAGUUUGCAGCGCUUAGCCGACAAGGGGACAAGAAAGCAGCUCGCAUUAUCGAUGCCUUCAAGGCGUUUAUUGCUUCACAACCAAGCUCGUGCGUCGUCGUGGAUCCCUUGGCCAGGAGUGAGGUGUUGUUGGACCGAGAACUCACCUUCACCAAGCUGCGACAAUGUACGACAACACACGGAACCUGGCGCAUCACCACUCCAACCUCCGCCGUCAUUCGCUCUCAGGACGACCUGGCCAACCUGGAAGCCCGGCUGAGCGAGGCCGGCGUAGAGGUGCCUGUGAUCUGCAAGUCUGUCACCGCACACGGCAGCAAAGCAGCGCACGAAAUGUGUUUGCUGUUGUCCACACAAGCGAGCCCCUCCAUUGCACCGCCUUUUAUCGCGCAAACCUUCGUCCCACACAACGCGGUGCUUAUCAAGGUGUUUGUGGUUGGUGACUCGUUCACGGUCUGCCACCGCCCUUCCAUCCGCAACUUGCAGCACAACAGCGCCACCCAUGCGCCUCUCUGCAUCCCCUUUGACAGCCACGAUGUCUCAAAGCCACACUCCGAAUCACACCUCAACGUGUGACAAACCGUCCCCUCCUCGUCUUGCCACCAACACCACCCCCAAGACACGGACAAGUACCAACAAUGACUCCAUUUCCUCCCCUCACCCUUCAUCGCCUUGGCAGGCCGGUGCGCACUUGCUCCGGGAGCGUGUAGUCGACGAUGACACCGUAUCUGCAAUGGUGGCGGCUGUGCGCGAGGAGUUUGGCCUCUCUCUCUUUGGCAUUGACGCUGUUGUUGAGGCCGGCACCCACAACCUCCAUGUUGUUGACGUCAACUACUUUCCGGGAUAUGCAGGUGUUGCUGACUUUGAUGUGCGCCUGUGUCGGCUCCUACAGGCUGUGACAUCGUCGUAGGCUGGCGUGUGGCAUCGAAUCAGCAGCUUACAGCCAAUCAUGUCCGCAGCAGACGAACAUGCAACUUGGCCGUAAUAUGGUGUGUUGUAGUGGAUGGAUCUAAUGGCAGCAAGCUGCGCUAAUGGUGUACGUAAUUGAAAUCAACCCUCAAAAUACACACGAAACGCAA